AUGAAUCUCAAGGUAGUCCUUGUGUUCCUGGCACUGUCCCUCAUUACCAUCUUUGCCCUGGCCUAUAUUUUGCUGACCAGCCAAGGUGGCUCCAGCCAGCCUCCCCGCUGCCCCUCUGUAUCCCCCAGUGCCCAGCCCCGGACACCCCCCAGCCAGAGCCAGCUGUUUGCAGACCUGAGCCCAGAGGAGCUGACGGCUGUGAUGAGCUUCCUGACCCAGCAGCUGGGGCCAGGCCUGGUGGACGCAGCCCAGGCCCGCCCCUCGGACAACUGCGUCUUCUCGGUGGAGCUGCAGCUGCCCCCCAAGGCUGCUGCCCUGGCCCACCUGGACAGGGGGAGUCCCCCGCCCGCCCGGGAGGCACUGGCCAUCGUCUUCUUUGGCGGACAACCCCAGCCCAACGUGAGUGAGCUGGUGGUGGGGCCGCUGCCGCACCCCUCCUACCUGCGGGAUGUGACGGUGGAGCGUCACGGGGGCCCCGUGCCCUAUCACCGACGCCCCAUGCUGGGAGCGGAGUUUGCCCAGAUGUGGAAACAUUUGAAGGAGGUGGAGCUACCCAAGGCACCAGUCUUUCUGGCUUCUGUCUUCAACUACAAUGGCUCCACUCUGGCACCUCUGCAUGCCACCCCCAGUGGCUUGCGCUCAGGGGACCGUGCUACCUGGAUAGCCCUCUACCAUAACAUCUCAGGUGUUGGGAUUUUCCUUCACCCAGUGGGGCUGGAGCUACUGCUGGACCACAGGGCCCUGGACCCUGCCCGCUGGGCUGUCCAGCGGGUCUUCUACCUUGGGCGCUACUAUGCAGACUUGGGCCAGCUGGAGUGGGAGUUUAAGGCUGGCCGGCUGGAAGUUGCUAGAAUUCCUCUACCCCUGCCGGAUGGGGCUUCAUCCCUGAAGUCCCGAGCCCCCCCAGGUCCUCUCCCCCCUCUUCAGUUCUCACCUCAGGGCUCCCGAUACAAUGUGCAAGGGAACCUGGUGGCGUCCUCCCUCUGGACAUUUACGUUUGGUCACGGGGUGUUCAGCGGCAUGAGGAUUUUUGAUAUUCGGUUCAAAGGCGAGCGAGUGGCCUACGAAGUCAGUGUCCAGGAGUGUGUGUCUGUCUAUGGUGCCGAUUCACCCAAGACAAUGAUGACCCGAUACUUGGAUAGCAGCUAUGGACUUGGCCGUCACAGCCGGGGCUUGGUUCGGGGAGUGGACUGCCCCUAUCAAUCUACGAUGGUGGACAUCCACAUAUUAGUGGGCACUGGGGCAGUCCAGCUGCUCCCGGGUGCUGUAUGCGUGUUUGAGGAGGCCCAAGGACUACCCCUUCGGAGGCACCACAAUCACCUUGAGAGUUAUUUCUAUGGUGGUUUGGCUGGCUCGGCCCUUGUAGUCAGGUCUGUGUCAUCCGUAGGCAACUAUGACUACAUUUGGGACUUUGUAUUGCACCCAAAUGGGGCUCUGGAAGGGCGGGUCCAUGCCACAGGCUAUAUCAACACGGCUUUCCUGAGUGGGGGUGAGGAGAGCCUCCUCUUUGGGAACCGCGUGGGGGAACGAGUGCUGGGGGCGGUGCACACGCAUGCCUUCCACUUCAAGCUGGACCUGGACGUGGCAGGGCUGAAAAACUGGGUGGUAGCUGAAGACGUGGUGUUUAAACCUGUGGCAGCCCCUUGGAGUCCAGAGCACCAACUGCAGCGCCCACAGCUGACUCGGCAGGUCCUGGGAAGGGAGGACCUGACAGCUUUUUCCUUGGGAAACCCCCUUCCCCGCUACCUUUAUCUGGCUAGCGACCAGACUAAUGUCUGGGGUCACCAGCGCGGGUACCGAAUCCAGAUCCACAGCCCCCUCGGCAUUCACAUGCCCCUGGAGAGCGACAUGGAGAGGGCCCUCAGCUGGGGGAGAUACCAGCUCGUGGUGACCCGGAGGAAGGAGGAGGAAUCACAGAGCAGCAGCAUCUAUUACCAGAAUGACAUCUGGACACCCACCAUGGCCUUUGCUGACUUCAUCAACAAUGAGACCCUCUUAGGAGAGGACCUGGUGGCUUGGGUUACAGCCAGCUUCCUGCAUAUCCCCCAUGCUGAGGAUGUCCCCAACACUGUGACUCUGGGGAACAGAGUUGGCUUCUUGCUCCGACCCUAUAACUUCUUUGAUGAGGAUCCUUCCAUCUUCUCCCCUGGCAGCGUCUACUUUGAGAAGGACCAGGAUGCUGGGCUCUGCAGUGUCAACCCUGUGGCCUGUGUCCCCCACCUGGCGGCCUGUGUCCCAGACUUGCCCCCUUUCUUUUACCAGGACUUUUAG